AUGCGCAGUACACUGGGCGCUCCGAGGCCAACGGGGCGGGGCGGGCGCGGUGACGUCAACACGCAGCCGCGCGCGGGCCAGGCAGCGCCACGUCGGCGCGCGGCGGCCGCGCCCCCCGACGGCGGCCGCGGUCCGCCCUCCCGCGCGCGGCCCCGACACCCCCCGCGCGCUGCUCACUCGCUCCGGCUCGUGCGCACGCCUUCCGGACCUCCGAGCUGCCAGCAUCCCCGCCGCCGUCCCAGCCGCCCCGGCCGCACCAUGUCUUCGCCUCCCGAGGAGAAGCCAGAGACGAAAGCCGGACACCCGCCCGCUGUGAAAGCUGGUGGAAUGCGAAUUGUGCAGAAACACCCGCAUUCUGGAGACACCAAAGAAGAGAAAGACAAGGACGACGAGGAGUGGGAGGCCGAGCCCAGCCCGCCUAAGCCCACCGUGUACAUCUCCGGAGUCAUCGCCCGGGGCGACAAGGACUUCCCCCCGGCGGCUGCCCAGGUGGCUCACCAGAAGCCCCACGCCUCCAUGGACAAGCACCCAUCCCAUAGAACCCAGCACAUCCAGCAGCCGCGCAAGUGA